UUUAGUCUCUUCUGUUGGUCAUGGCGGAUUGGGUUAAAUCAAUAUCACGUAAAACGGUGCGUAUAAAGAGCAGCAGAUUAUGAUUCCUCUCAAAAACAGGGAAGGAGGAGAAUAUUUAAUUUACCUAAUCCCUCUCUCUCUGUCUCUCUGCAGAUCAUCCCAUAUCCACUGACAGUCACUGCGGGGCCUAGAACACAGAGCUUCCCAUCUUUUUAACUCGUCAUUGCUUUCAGUUUGUUUGGCUUUUCCCUUUCCUUCCUAACUAACGCACAAUCUCCCUACGUUUCUUCCAUUACACGCUUCACUUUACUGCAUCUGAAAUCUCACCACUUCUUCAAUUCCGUUUUUUUCGUUGCGUUUCUGAUACCCAAUUCUUUAUCCAUGGGGAAUUGCGUUGACAAGUCCAACCCUUCAUCCACGGCCGAGAUCGCUCCCUGUGAUUUCGUCAAGACCUCUGAAACCAAAACCUCCGUUACUGUCAGAUUGUAUGGGUCUGCUACCAGUACUCUCACCGCCUACAUCCGUUUCGCUCUCGUUUGCAAGGCGGUCACGGUCCGCUUCGUUCCCACCGGAUCGACGACCAUAUUCGGUCCCGAGUUGCCGUUCUUGGAGGUCGGGUCCGAUAUUGUUUCCGGCCCGCGUGAGACGUUGAUUCGGUAUAUUGAUACGAAGUUCCCGCAGCCGCCGCAGUUGGUGGAUAGUCUGGACGGGUUUGAUGAACCGGUGACGUUGAUCGCUAGGGCGCUGAUGUUGCAGCACAGGAGUUUGUUGUGGCAUUUGGAGAGGAUGGUGAGGUGGGUGCUGGAUCUGACGACACGUGGAGGGAAGAAGAUUGUUGAUCCGACGGUGGGGAGUCCGAGGAUGGAGUUCAGGAAGUUUUGGAAUAGCUACUCGAAUUUGCUGGAGCUGAUGCUUGAGCACGCUCAGAUGGAGGAGAGAAUUGUCUUCUCUAUCCUGGAUAAGGCUGAUCGAGGAAUAUGCAAAGUGGCAAACGAGGAGCACGCAAGGGACCUACCCAUCAUGAAUGGAAUAAAAGAAGAUAUUAAGGCCAUUGGAGUUCUGGACUCUGGUAGCGCCGCACGCCAAGAAGCUCUUUCUAACCUUUGUACUCGUCUCAAGUCAUUACAGGAGCGUUGUAAAGAACACUUCAAGGAGGAGGAGAGAGAUGUGUUGCCACUAAUUGAAGCAUUGGAGCUAAGCAAAGAGAAGCAGAUGGGGGUUUUGGAGAAGUGUUUCGCUGUAAUGCAACUCACUCACUCCCGUUUGUUCAGCUUUCUUGUGGAAGGGCUUCUACCUCUGGAGGCUAUGCAGUACCUGGACUUGAUAAUAAGUUGCAGGGGCGAAGAGGAAGCAGCCUCUACACUUAACAAGAUCUUCGAAUAAGAACAAGGAACAGAGAGAUUGAUCGGCAGGCAUUCAGUAUGGUUGUACAGCUGUGGAUCUAUGAAUGGUGAAGGAUGGAAAUAAUUGCAGGAUCCUCCAUGUCGAAUCUGUUGCAAAUUUAGAAGACGUUACAGUUACACCGAUGUCAUACAUUUUCAUUGUUAUUUAGACAAAACAGUAUCAUACAAAGAUGUUCUCCCGCAAUGUAAGAAUUUGGUCACGACUGUGAGAUUGUUCUCUCUUCUUGAAAAGAUUGUCAGUUGAAUCA